AUGCGUGUCGACUCCGCGGCGCUACAUCUGGUCCCAGUGCUCCUGGGCCAGGUCGGUGCUCUACAAUUACCCUUAUUCCAAGAGUCCAAUUCAAAGUGGGCGACGACAAAUGCAGGUGACAAACCACUAAUUAGCUCACCGCUGCUUCAGGAGCAGGUCAAGGCGGAGAAUCUGCUGGACAGGGCCCGGCAGCUUUACAAGAUUGCGGAGCUGGGAGAAGACGAAUACAACCAUCCUACUCGCGUCAUUGGCAGCAAAGGCCAUCUUGGCACGCUCGACUACAUAUACUCUGCCCUUACCGACCUCGGUGAUUAUUAUACUGUCGUCAACCAGUCCUUCCCUGCCGUGAGCGGUAAUGUCUUCGAAUCUCGCCUUGUCCUUGGUCACGAUGUUCCCAAGUCGGCUACACCAAUGGGUCUCACUCCCCCAACGAAGAAUAAGGAGCCGGUAUAUGGCCCCCUGGUUGCUGUCUCUAACCUCGGGUGUGAGGCCUCGGACUACCCUUCUAACUUGGAAGGCGCCAUUGCAUUUAUCAGUCGGGGAAGCUGUCCGUUUGGGACAAAGUCUCAAUUGGCUGGUAAAGCGGGAGCCGUCGCUGCUGUCAUCUACAACAACGAGCGCGGUGACCUGAGCGGAACUCUAGGAAACCCAACACCCGAUCAUGUUGCUACCUUUGGUAUCUCCGACGCGGACGCUGCCCCGGUCCUAGAGAAGCUGAAGAAAGGCGAGAAGGUCGACGCUAUCGCCUACAUGGAUGCGAUCGUCGAGACCAUCCACACCACCAACAUCAUCGCGCAAACCACGGAUGGUGACCCCGACAACUGUGUAAUGCUGGGUGGCCACAGUGACAGUGUGGCCGAGGGCCCGGGCAUCAAUGACGAUGGGUCUGGUACUCUGACCCUUUUGGAGCUAGCCACAUUGCUCACCCAGUUCCGUGUCAACAACUGUGUGCGAUUUGCUUGGUGGGCUGCUGAGGAGGAAGGCCUUCUCGGAUCUGACUACUAUGUGUCUGUUCUCACCCCGGAAGAGAACCGCAAGAUCCGCUUGUUCAUGGACUACGACAUGCUCGGCUCGCCCAACUUUGCGUACCAAGUGUACAAUGCCACUAACGCUGUGAACCCCGAGGGAUCCGAGGAGCUCCGUGAUCUCUACACUGAAUUUUACGAUGCUCAUGGGUUCAACUACACGUACAUUCCGUUCGAUGGACGCAGCGACUAUGAUGCCUUCAUCCGGCAUGGCAUUCCCGGUGGUGGGAUUGCCACGGGAGCUGAGGGAAUCAAGACGGCCGAAGAAGCGGAAAUGUUUGGCGGCAUUGCUGGCGAAUGGUAUGACCCAUGCUACCAUCAGCUCUGCGACACGGUGGCCAAUGUGAACCUGACCGCGUGGGAAUGGAACACCAAGGUAAGAUCACUACAGUAG